AUUGUCAUGUCAUAAUAAACUUGUCAAUCAAAUUUACUAAACAAAAACUUUAAGUAGGGAUAAAUUUAAUUAAAAAUGAAUACAAACUGCUUUACCAAAUUAAAUAAGAACAGAGAAAGUUAAAAUGAAUACAUUCCGUUCGUUUACGAUGCGACACAAAUAAGACCUCCGUAAAUUAUACAAACACUUGUAUAAUUAGAACGAUGAAGUUAAAUAUCGAUAACCCAUUGGAAAAUCUCAAACAAACCAGUAAGAAUAAACCAAAGACUAUAUGUUUUCUAUCACUUUGUCGAUUGUUGGCUCUUUUAUGCACUUUAAUCGUAAUCGUAUGUAUCCUUUUACUCUGUAAGGCAUACAUAAAAUUUGUGUUAAUUUGGUUAGAAAGACAAGACGCCUUUAUCGUUUCCUCUACGAUAUGUAUUCUGUUCAUAAUCGUUGCCCUACCGAUAAGCAUUGGGUAUAUAGUUUUAGUUCUAGCCUCAGGUUAUUUAUUUGGUGUUCCCAGAGGAUUACUUUUAGUUGUUUUCGGGGCAAAUUUUGGCUUGUUAAUUGCCAAUAAUGUACUGAAACUCCUGGGACAUCAUCACAGCAUUUACAAAUAUACUCAAAAUGAUACGGCUAAGGCCAUUUUGAGGGUGAUUUCAGGACCAUUAUGCUUUAAAAUUGUCUUCUGUUCAAGACUGACUCCUAUACCUUUUGGACUUCAAAAUACUAUUUUUGCAUUAAGUAACAUAAAUUCAAGAAUUUAUCACACAGCCUCUCUGCUCGGACUGUUUCCAGCUCAAUUUGUAGCAGUUUAUGUGGGAUCCACUUUAAGAUCCAUGCAGGAUGUGUUAGAGAACAGACACAUAUCUCCUAAUACGUAUAUUUUUGCCAGUUUUCAGUUGAUACUCGGUGCAUUUCUGUUGGUAUUUAUUGGAACCAAAGCAAGGAAAGAAUUGUUAAAAGCGAUCGCCGAAGCGGAAAGCGGAACUUCCAAUGGACCUGGCUAUUCUUUAGCGUGAUACCUGUCUAGACUUUUAAUUUUGAUACACAAGAAAGCCAAAAAAACUUCUAAGUCAGCCCGAUAUUGAAUAAAUGUAUUUUUUUAUAAAUUGACGGAUUUAUUUAAUAUAAUAUUGUUUAUCUUUUGUUCUGUGUUCUUCUUUGUUACAUGUGACCGUUUGAGUGUGUAUAAGAUUAAUGAUACUAUGAAUUUCAAAUUUUUAACGUAUCAAUUACGUACAAAAGUCUUUUGAACAAAUUUUACACGAUUUUAUUUCGCCGAUAUUAAUCGGACAAUUGAAAGUAAGACUUUCUUGUUUUUUCUCAGCUAGUACACACUUU